AUGGGAGUAGUGAACAUGCAACGGGGGGUAUAUUUAUCUGCAACGACAUGUAUUUUAUGGUCGCCUUCUCUCGCACGGCGGUUUGUGGCAACUGUGGCUCCUGUGGCGACAUUGGGUAAACGUGCAGGACGUCCUGCUUCUGUUUCUCAUGUGAGAGGCAAAAGGAAUCAGCCAAUAAUAAUUGCAAAACAUUCAUCAAAAGCUGCUGCGUCGGGACCGACCAUGAGCAGAAGUCGUUUUUAUCGCGUGUUGCAGGAGCGUGGUGUGGGGUUUGCCAUGUACCUUUACAUUUUUGGCGAGUCCAUGACUCUUGCGGUACUCUACGCACUUCACAAUGACGGCUUCUCCACUGGCGAUGUGUUUGAUUGGUUAAAACUUCUUUCUGCAGAUUCUCUUAUCGAUUUGGAACGAUGGUCACAAGUAGGGCCUGUUGUUGGUGGACUACGUCUCUCUCCGCGUCUACUGUGCAACUAUCUUGUCGCUAAUGCCUUGACGUACCCGUUGUAUGCGAUGCAGUUUGCAUUUUGUGCAGCCACCCUCCCGUUACUGUCUCGUGUCAUGUCGCCUGUGAGUUACUUCUUGCAUGCAUGCCGGGCGAGAGGCAAAAAGGGAAGAAUUGUUCCAAAGGCACCUUCUGUGGGCGUAAAGACUGAAGGGCGUCUAACACGAUGA